AGAGAAACUUUCAAGUAAAAUUAUCUUACCCAACGCUCACAACUUCAUUUCGCGAUGACGUGCCCAACGGAUUUGUGUGACAUCGACAGCUUGUUGGACGACCUGGUCGACUUCAUCUCCGACUACGCCCAUGCACCAGCUGCAUCGCCAUCUGUCGUGGUCCAGGAUUUGGCGCCAGCUGCGCCAGUUGCGUCGCCAUUUGCCGUGGUCCAGGAUUUGGCUCCAGCUGCGCCAGUUGCGUCGCCAUUUGCCGUGGUCCAGGACCUGGCUCCAGCUGCGCCAGUUGCGUCGCCAGCCUCCCCCUUCACGGCGCCCGACAGACCCGUGGUGGUGCAGCUGUUGUACGACGCGAACGACAAACCACUCGCGCUGCUAGACGGCCCCAUGGGCAUGCAGCUGUUUGGCGUGUCCCCGGCAACGGGCGUGGCCGUGGGCCAGGCUCCCCAGCAGGAGUGCCAGCAGAAGAGCCAAGAGAAGGAGAGGCAAGGCGCGAGGCCAGGCGGCCGGAGCGGCCGGCAGCGCCGAAGGGAAGCCAAGCGCAAGCUGUACGAGAUGGAAGAGCCCUUUGAGGACGAGGAGCAGGAGAGGAAGCGGCUGAACGCCAUCAACGCCAAGAGGCACCGAGACAUGAAGAGGGAACAGCUGAAUGCGCUGGAGAGCCAGCUGGAAGCCGAGCAGCAGGGUCGGGCGGCAGUGGAGAGCAAGAUGAAUACUCUGGCGGGCGAGGUGGAGGUCCUGCGGUUGGAGAACGAGCAACUGAAGUCGCUGGAGAGCCAGCUGGAGGCCGAGCAGCAGGGUAGGUCGGCUGUGGAGAGCAAGAUGAAUGCUCUGGCGAGCGAGGUGGAAGCCCUGCGGAGGGAGAACGAGCAGCUGAAGGCCAAAGUGGAAGCUUUCGAGACACAGGCAGUGAAGACGCAGCCACCGGCCAUCUUGUGGAACUUCAUCGACAACUUCUCCAUCUGAGGAGUGGGUGCCGAGGGCGGCCAGGGCCCCAAGGAGGAACGUGAGGGCGGCGGCAUCGCCCGAGUGUAAAGCGCGGCGCGUGGGCCAAGGAACAGGCCUUCGCUGACGCCGACGAGAUCGCCUAGAAAAGCAAGGUGUUAUGUACCUAGCUGCCGGCGGACGUCGCAGGUGGCUGCGACUGAUUCAGGAGGAGACGGCAGCUGGAUUCGAUGACGGAUCCAGCUGUGAAGGAGACUCGACUGCUGGACCCAUGCUAAUCCAGAUGUACAAACACCCCCCUACAGCAGGGUGUUCUUAACCCAGCUGUUGUACACUUAAGAACCACACUUGCCCUUGCACAGACACAAACACUAGGCUGCACAUAGCUUGCAGUUUCUUUGCAGGUGCACACUCGAUCAUCGCUAUGCUCACGUGCUGUUUCUUUCCAGGUGGUGGAUCGGCGAGACAACUCGGCGCGGACGGCGAGGAGUCGGCUCUGCCUCGGCUCCCUCUUGGCAUCGCGUCUCCCCCUCCUCCUCCCCUCCCCCUCCUCCUCUUCGUCCUCUUCCCCUUCCCUUCCUCCUCUUCGUCCUCUUCCCCUCCCCUCCUCCUCUUCGUCCUCUUCCCCUUCCCUUCCUCCUC